UUAUAAAUCAAUGUUUAAUAUGUAAUCUCUUUUAUUUAAUAAAAUUUUUAAGUUAAAAAAUAAAUUUAAUAUUUUUUAAUUUUUAAAAAACCCUAAAUAAGAGACCUGCAAUGGAGGUAUACAAAUCUUAGAUUUCUUAAUUAACUCUCUUAACUAACUUGAACCUUAAAGUACUAUUAAAAAACUAAUAAGAGACCCAUAAUGGGUCUCAGGGAUGUUGAUGCUCUUAGCUGCUCGUGGUGGCUCCCGCAAGCGAGGAAUUGUUCCGCGCUUGAACUCUUUUAGCAUUUUUCCAGUUGCAGAAGAUUGCUGUCCUGUCCUGCAGAACUGUAAUGCCCGUAAUGAGAGAAUCAGCUCUCACCACUCUUCAACAGCGUUUGUGAUAUCGUCUCUCGUGGCGGAAGGACUAGCAAUACGCGCAGCGAUGGAAUCAGCCAUCGAAUCUCAGAUGUCUCGGGUGAUCUUUGAAUCCGACUCCUUGCAAUUGGUGACGGCUAUUGUGGAGGGAUCGAAUUACUCUGAGGCUCAUGGCAUCCUAUCUGAUAUCUAUCACCUCUCAACUUGUUUUGAAUCUGUUUCCUUUCGAUUUUGUCGCCGUGAUCGUCUAUGUUUCGAAGACACGGUUGCAAAAAACGCUUUAGCUAACUCUGUACUAAACCGGAUCUCUGAACCCGGUUCAAUUGAGUAA